AUGGCACAACGUCAGCAGCCCAGCCGUGGCACGAAGAGCAAACAUGCGACCCUCGGCGGUCAUUACAAGGAUCAAGGAGGUCUGGCUGAAGCACAGACUGAGAGCGGUGGCCAGUCAUUUGCUGGCGAGAUUGUUGGGCUGCAGUUACCUGAUAUGGGACCGCCUGCACUGGCAACUGGCAGAAGUGGCCCCAGCCAGGCUCCCAGCCCAGCCUCCUGCUGCCUCAACGCCUGUCCAUGCUCCUCCCACGCUUGGUGCAACUGCUUAUACCGCCGUUGGUACCCGGCUCUUUAAGCGAGCCGCUGGCGUUGAGACAAACGGCGGGGUGGAUCUGCUCUACAGCGAGAAAGGCCGGAAGAUGUCAAGGCUCAAUGACGAUGUUCGUCUGCGAAACACGCAGCUUGAGGAGGAAGCACUUGCUUCUAGAGACGAACUUCAACGACAGACGGUGGUCACCACUACGUCGCUGAGGGCGGUAGAGAACUUGGCCAACCAAAUGGAGAAGAAGGUUCUCACGGACAAGCGCGUGAAUGACAUCAUGAAGCAGGCAGUUAGCCUCACCAUCAGCAAGCCCCCGUACAUUAACUAUGCUCCAGAUGAAGCCCACUGGCUGAACCUCUUUGUUGAGCUGGCAAACGUGCAGCCACUCUCAGAAACCGCAUUCAAGCUUAAGCUUGAACUAUCGAACUCUGAUGCCUUAGAGUGGACUGCCAAAAUGUUCAACAACAGGUUUGGGAAAAGGCUUUCCAACCUCAGGCUCGGAGCACUCCUUAAUUCCCCUCUUAAGCUAAUCAAAGCUGUGAUCAACAGCGAUGGGAAGAAGUGCUACAAGAAGGACACUGAGUUCGCACUUGCAUGUGUGAAGUGGGUUGCUGAGAACGCAAUUGGGAAGGCCGGUCCGGUCGUAGUGCUGCACCGACAUCAGCUCACCCUCACUAUGGCCGUGAUUCGUCACAAGUUGCGCAAUCCGAACAUGGCACGCGUUCAGCUAGAAAGGUCUGGAGAUUCUGAUGCCCUCGGAAGGCAGGAGCGCGUCGUCCAGCGCCUGCUCAACCGGUUCCAGGCCACCAAGUACAACGGCAGCAACUACUUCAUCGGCAAGCUGUACCUCAUGGAUUGGGUGGAUGUCCCAGAGAACAUCCUGGCCUUUGAUUUCGUGGGGGACCGUGACGUAGAUGAUGUGGUUGAAGGCGACCUGAAUGGAGAGGGUGUGGAGGUUAUUUUCUGAAGGGGGCGAUGGGGCAAGUGGAGAAGGCCAUGUUGCAUCUGGAUGUGCUUCGUUAU